CAUCGUGUAUAAAACAGUGCCGAAUGAAAUGCUUGUAAAUCAUAAGGCAUACCCCCAAACUGCAUGUCAAAAUUGAUCUAGAAAUUGGCUAUAUCAUAUGAUAGUACCGAAGGGACGUUUGGGUUAACUGUUUCACUGCUUGCGCAAUACAACUCAAUUAAAUUAUUUUAGUUAAUGAAACAGCGAAAAUCUAUGCAGUACCCUCAUGAGACGUCAUCAAUAGUAUUGGGGUGUAAUUGGAUGGAAACUUGGAUAAAAAUCGUUAAAUCUUAGAAAUACAGCAGUUAAUAAGAAAUCGGAAGCACCGUCUCAAUCCAUUGGAGGUUGGAAUUCCAAAGAGCAGGACACGAAACAAGUAUAUAGAUAUGGAUGCAAAACUAGUCAUAUUUGGCGUAGUAAUUUCUAUUACGAUUCAAGUCAUAGCUGGAGAUGAAACAAAAUGGAAUCCCCUCAGGAACACAUAUUAUAAGUGCUCUUCCACGGGGAACGUUUGCUACAAUAGCGGGCAGUGUUGCGAUGGAUUGAUAUGUGCAGAACAAUUUGGGAAUAGGAUAAGAACAAAUCCAGAAACCCCUGGCAUGUGUAUACGAGAGAAGGAAGUUGAUCACUGUCGUUCUGAUGAAGAAUGCCCACAAGACUACAUUUGUUCCGUGGUUGACGUGAGAGGCCUCGUAAGGUCUAAAGAAGUCAUCACUCGCUGCGAGAUAGAUUCGUUCAAUAUUAAAAAGAUUCAUUUGCGUGGUGAAGGCGACCAGUGUCUUGAUAGCUUAGACUGCGAGCCUGGCUUGUGUUGUCAGGAUGUCAGGAGAUGGCGGCAGCCACUCCGAAGAAUAUGCGACCAGAAAAGGCGAUUCACGAAAUGUGUGACGGAGAAUGAUGUUCGAAAACGAUAGGUCGACAGAAUCCGUUUCGAAAGAAGACAAACAAUUUGCCAUUUCUCCAUAUCGGUGUCUUAGUGUAUCUUUGUAUUGUGGUCCUACAUGUAAAACGAAAAGAAAUGAAGUACUUAAAUGAUUGUUUUGUACCAAAUGAAAAACAUCACACACAACAUAUUUGAAGAAAUAUUUAUCUAUCAUAUAAAACAGAAUUUGAUUACAUAACUGGACUACCCUUUGUGUGGAAGAGCAAAUAAAUCAGGAUGCUUCGUCACUACAUGCAACUCAACAAUGAUUAAGAUUAAUGCAACUACAGCAACGACUGUUAGUAAUAAAAAAUAAAUAAAUGAACAUUUUUCACAGACUUGUCAGGAUUGAUGGGCAAUAUUCCAUAUUUAAACAAUUAUGCAUUGGAAUAUACCAAAUUGAAAUAUAGUCUAAUACAAAAAUAUGAAAGCUAUUUUAAAUAUACUUGUAACAAAAUUCCUCAUGACAUUAACAACAUAUAUAAUCCUCAUUCCAAGUUUGGCGACCCUGGCUCGCAAUUUAAUAGAAUGUUCUCCUGUUUGUUUAAUAACACUCCUCAAAGUGCGAUUGCUACAUUUUUAGAGGGGAUGUUUUUGUAUGAAUUGAUAAAAAUGAUAUCCAAGUCUAUAAAGUUGUUCUUCAAAAAUGCCAGUUCAUAGUCGGAUAAAUGGUAUACUACAAUUUUGUUGGGUCUGUUGAUUGAUCAGUGGUUAAGUAGGA